AUUCCCUAGUCCAAAUCCUAGCCCAAGUAACAAAACCCACAAUAUAUAUAUAUAUAUAUAUAUAAUUUUAGCUUCUACUUAAUUGGUUUAGUUUGAGAGAGAUGGUGACCAUAAGCUACGUAGCAGCUUACACUUUUUUUUUCUUAGCACUGGUCGCGUUUCUCUUCAUGAAAAAGCACAAGAGGAAACCCCAGGAGAAUCUAAAGCUCCCACCCGGUUCAAUGGGUUGGCCUUACAUUGGAGAGACCCUUCAACUCUACUCUAAAGACCCAAACAUCUUCUUCGCUUCCAAGCAAAAAAGGUACGGGGAGAUAUUUAAGACGCAUUUGUUGGGCUGUCCCUGCGUGAUGUUGGCGAGCCCGGAGGCGGCCCGGUUUGUUCUGGUGACCCAGGCCCACUUAUUCAAGCCCACGUACCCGCGAAGCAAGGAGCGGAUGAUCGGCCCGUGGGCCUUGUUCUUCCACGGUGGCGGCUACCACCUCCGCCUCCGGAAGCUCGUCCAGGGCUCGCUUGGCCCCGACGACCUCCGCGGCCUCAUCCCCGACGUCGAGGCAAUCGUGAUCACCAUGCUCGAUGCGUGGAAUGGCCGUGUACUCAGCACGUUCCACGCUAUGAAGAAGUUCUCAUUUGACGUGGCCAUUCUCACUUUCUUCGGAGAUCGCCUAAGCGAGCGACACAAAGUAGAGCUAAAGAAGAACUACUUCAUCGUCGACAAGGGCUAUAACUCAUUCCCCACAAAUUUCCCCGGGACUCCUUACUACAAAGCAAUCCAAGCUAGGAAGCAACUAAGUAGGAUACUUAGUGAGAUAAUGAACGAGAGGAGGGAGAGAGGAGUGGUGGGGAAUGAUGAUCUCUUGGGGUGUCUCAUGGACUCAAAGGAUGAAAAGGGUGCGCGACUCACCGACGAUCAGAUCGCCGACAACAUCAUCGGCGUGCUCUUCGCGGCGCAGGACACGACCGCGAGCGUCCUCACGUGGAUCGUGAAGUAUCUCCACGACCACCCGAAACUUCUCGAAGCCGUGAAGGGUGAGCAAAUGGCUUUUCUUGAGGCUAAUAAGUCGUGUGGAAACCGACCCUUGACAUGGACCCAAACAAGGAGCAUGACACUGACUCACAGAGUUAUAAUGGAGAGUCUAAGGAUGGCAAGUAUCAUUUCAUUCACGUUUAGAGAGGCAGUGGCUGACGUGGAAUACAAAGGAUACCUCAUCCCAAAAGGGUGGAAGGUGAUGCCUCUCUUCAGGAACAUACAUCACAACCCGGAGUUUUUCCCAAACCCGCACGAGUUCGAACCUUCCAGAUUCAAGGUCGCACCCAAGCCCAAUACGUACAUGCCAUUUGGCAACGGGAAUCACGCAUGCCCGGGAAACGAGCUCGCGAAGCUCGAGAUGCUCGUCCUCAUCCACAACUUAGUCACCAAAUACAGGUGGGAAAUUGUUGGAACGUGCAGUGAGAUCGAGUAUAGUCCAUUUCCUGUACCUAAGCAUGGUCUCCCAGUUAAGCUGUGGAGAUUAUCGACUAAUGCCGAAAAUAAUUAGGCUUUAAGUUUGAUAAUUUUAGUCCCACUACUUAUGGGCAAUGCUCCUUGGUGGUUAAUUAUGUGUUGGAUUAAAUUGAAUUAUUCAAUCAAUUAGCGAGAUAACUAUGGCUAUCUCUU